AUGCCGGCUCCCUUGGCUAAGAAGCAGAGGCCCCUGUUGAUGGACCAGUGGACCCUGAGAUUCCCUCUGGCCAGAUUCUGGGUGGCUUGCCUUUCCCUGCAGGCCAUAUGCCAUUUUGCCCAGGGUGAGCCACGUGACUUGCUGGCUGGUGGAGCUGCUGGGCUUCUGCUGGAAGACGCCACCCAAGAGCAGGGUUACUACCUGCAGCAGUUGUUUCGACAGUAUGGUGAGAAUGGCACUUUGUCCUUUGAGGGCCUGACCCGCCUCCUGCUAAGCCUGGGGCUGGGGAAGGUGCAGGUGGUGGAGAUAGAACACGAGGAACUGGGCCAUGGUCACGUCUCCCAUCUGGACAUCCUGGAGGUCCAGGAAAACAAGCACCUGCACUUCCACUCAGCACUGGAUCAUAUCAGCAAGUCAGAGCACGGGGCCAAGACUCAAGUGGAGAGUGUCACCCCCACCAGGCCAGGAUUCUCUCUGCUGGACCCUGAACUCCAUACCCCAGUCUCUCCUGCCUUCCAUGAGGUCAGCCACGUCCUCAAGGCCAGCUUUGGGCAAGGCCCAGAGAAAUCUGACAAGGAGAAAGAGGAAAAUAUUUUCAUGCCUCCCCACGGACAUUCUAAGCUAAACCUUCUGGAGGGAGUCAUUGCCUUGGAUCACUCAGUCUUCAAUCACCUGCAUGAAGAUUGCCUCAAUGUGUCUCAGCUGCUUGUCAAUUUUGGUAUGAAUACCAUCUCCAAAAUCACCCCAGAGCAGUUCACUCUGCUGUGCCCAGCACUGCUGUACCAGAUCGAUAGCCGUGUUUGCAUCCAGCACUUGGAUGAUGUGACUUUCAACACGUCUGGGAACUCCCUCUGGAAUAGCCUGGGCUGGGGAUUUUUGGCUAUCACCAUGACCAGCUUGCCCUCAGCACUGGCCAUCGUCUUGGUGCCCCUACUGAGUGGAGAAAUCUUCCAGUUCCUCCUGACUUUUCUGGUGGCGUUGGCUGUGGGGACAUUGUGUGGGGACGCUUUGCUGCACCUCUGGCCACAUGCACAAGUGACUUCCCAUGGCUUGCUGUCCUCAGAAGAAGAUGGCGUUCUGAAGGGUCUAUGUGUCCUAGGGGGCAUUUACUUUCUGUUCCUCACUGAGAAUCUCAUGGGAACACUCAACCAAAUUCGCACAAAGAAGAAAAGUGCCACUGAAAAGCAACUUAAGCAAUCUCAUACUAAGGUGGACAAGAAUGAAGCAGAGAGGACCUUGCAUGGUGCUGAAUUGGAGAGUUUGAGAGUGCCAGAAGAGGACACUGGAAAUGUAAAUGGCAAAGUCCAGGACUGCUCCAUUCAAAUUCACAACUCGGAAGACCACAGGACAAGCCUGGAGAAGCAAACAGAAGAGAUACAUCACCAUGGUCACUCCCACAGCCCAGUUGGGACUCUCAAAGCUGGGAUAGCUGACAUUGCUUGGAUGGUUAUUCUUGGGGACGGGGUACACAAUUUCACAGAUGGAUUGGCAAUAGGGGCUGCCUUCUCGAAUGGACUCUCCAGUGGCUUAAGCACUACGUUGGCGGUCUUUUGCCAUGAACUACCCCAUGAACUGGGAGACUGUGCUGUCCUACUCCGGGCGGGCAUGCCACUCCGGUGGGUGCUGUUGUUUAACCUGCUGUCUGCUUUCCUGGCUUAUUGGGGCAUGGUGUUAGGGACAAUUGUCAGUCAGAACACUUCCCAAGUCACUCCCUGGAUCUUUGCCAUCACAGCUGGUGUUUUUCUUUAUGUAGCUCUGGUUGAUAUGCUACCUGAAAUGUUGCAGCGACAUUCUACCAGCAGCAGAAAAAGAUCCUUCAGACACUUCGUUCUUCAGAACUUGGGCUUUCUCAGUGGAGGUGGCCUCAUGCUCUGCAUUGCUCUCUUUGAAGAACAUAUCAGUGUCCGCAUGGAUGAGUAG